AAACCCACAAGGAUUUAUGAUGAUAGAGAACAGCCUUGCCUCAUGACGGAAUAUGUGGAAAAAUAUCCCCAACAUGGCAACAUCCCUCCUCCCCAAAGCCUUAAGCCAAAGCAGGAGUACCAAGUACAUCGUGGGAAAAUGGAAGGAAUCACAACAUUUAAAUCUGAUUAUCUUCCAUAUGAUGUUGUGAAAAGACCUCUUCAGGUACAAGAAGAGUAUAAACCAAAACCUGGAGAGAUUGAUCUUGGAACUACAUACAAGAGAGAUUAUAAUCCUCAUAAAAUACAACCAGUGACAUUAGUAAGACCUUUAGAGAGAAAGCACAUUCAAAGAGGAAAACUAGACACCAUUCCAACCUAUCAAGGUAGUAGCACAUGUCACUUUUAGACAGAGAAAUGGGCAGCAGGAUGACUGUAUUAUGAAUGGCCUUGCUGGAAAGGUAGAGU